GUAACUCUGUCUCUGUCUCUGACAGUUUGACUCUCAGCGGCCACCGUCGUGCAAAUAAACAUGGCGUCCGACGAUGAGAGUAAUGAAGAUUUUGUCACUUAUGGAACUCCUCUGGAGCCUCUAGAAGAAGACGAGCCCAUCAGAAAGCCGAUUCCUGUGCAAGAGCAGACGGUUAAGGAUGAGAAAGGACGCUACAAAAGGUUUCACGGAGCCUUCACCGGUGGCUUCUCUGCUGGCUACUUCAACACGGUCGGCACCAAAGAAGGUUGGACGCCGUCUGUGUUUGUGUCCUCACGAAAUCAGAAGGCAGAGAAGCACAAUGCCAGACCAGAGGACUUCAUGGAUGAGGAAGAUUUUGGCGAGCACGGCAUCGCGCCCCAACAGAUCACCACCACCGAUGAUUUUGUCUCCGCAAGGUCCGAUCAGAUCAGGGACAAAGCCCGAGCCAUUAGCUCCCUCACUGCUCCCAUUCCUGGAGACACUCUGCUGGAGGAGCUGAUCGCACCUGCACGGUCAUCUAUAGGAGUGGAGCUGCUUCGGAAGAUGGGAUGGAAAGACGGCCAGGGGGUCGGACCCAGAAUGAAAAGGAGACAACGCAAACAGGACCACGAUGUUAAACUCUAUGGAUGUCCUUUGCCUCCCAGUGGAUUCGAGGAACCAGAGGACGAUGAUGAAUUUGCUCCCGAAAACGUCACUUUUGCCCCUAAAGACGUGACCCCGGUGGAUUUCACCCCCAAAGACGACGUUCAUGGACUCGGCUAUCGAGGCCUCAACCCCCUGCAGGCCCUGAUGGGCGGUUCAGGGGCAUCACAUAUCAACCUCUUCACGCUGGACUCUGAUAGGACAGGUCUGUUUGGUAACAGGAAGGCGGCAGGGCAACAUCGUAAGGGUGGGAUUUCAGGGCAGGCAUUUGGUGUAGGAGCAAUGGAGGAGGAGGAUGACGAUAUCUACCACAAAGACGCCAUGUCAAACUACGAUGAUGUUCUGGGUGGGGAGGAGCCGGGGGAUGGACUUUAUGGAUGGACAGCACCUCAGCAAUACAAACAAAAGAAGAAAGAUUCAAGCAGAGAUGCUGAGUAUGUGGGGAAAAUCCUGGCAGGUUUCACGUUAGGUUCACUACCUGCAGAAACAAAAAUCGUAUUUCCUCCACCCGUUCUGCCACGUAAUUAUCGGCCAGUGCAUUAUUUCCGCCCGGUGGUGGACACAUCGUCUGUCAGCCCCCUGGUAGCCCAGGUGCUGCAGGCGUCACGUGGACAGCUAUCCCAGAAUGCACCGCAGCAGAGCCGGCACACCCUGGACUCCACCCAGAGGAGAGAGAUGCUGGGAGAGACCAGUUUACAGGGUCCCCAGUCUGUGUUUGAGCUCCUGGACAAUAAGAGCAGAGAGAGGUUAAAUGAGAUCCGUAAAGCUACAGAAGAGAAAAGAGCAACUUUACAGAAUCGUUUCCAGUCCAGCACCAGUCCAUCUGGUAUUCGCACCCAGCUCCUGGAUUCUAAACCUCAGACAGAUGUGCAGCUCCAGCCUCGGGCUUCAGACACGGCACAGCAGGCUCUCAGUGUCUGGUCGAGUCCAACAGCCCAAACCAGCCAGACCUUUAAACCGUUUGAAAAAAAUUCAUCAAAGCAAGCACGCUAUGAUCGCUACAUCAGCUACCUGAAACAGGGGGACAAAGAUGCUCUGGAGUUAAGUCUGGACCCUACGAUGACUGAGUGGGAGCGAAGCCGAGAGCGAGAUGAGUUCAUGCGCGCUGCUGUGCUCUAUAAGCCGAGUAACUCCUCGCUCUCCUCCCGCUUCACACGCGCCAAAACUGAGGAUGACACUGACAGCGUGGAGGUUACACGAGAUCAGGAGGGCGACAUGAAUGACAAGCAGGCAGCAGUGAAGAUGAAGAUGUUUGGUAAACUCACUAGAGAUACGAUGGAAUGGCAUCCCGAAAAACUACUGUGCAAGAGGUUUAAUGUUCCAGACCCUUACCCAGGCUCGAGCAUCGUGGGUCUCCCCAAAGUGAAGCGUGACAAGUUCUCCAUAUUUAACUUUCUGUCUGUAAUGGAUGACAAACAGAGCUCUCAAGCCACAAGCUCAUCCAGCUCAGGGAGUUCUGCUGCUCUCUCUCUCGGUUCUUCCACAGCAGUCUUGGGCAAACGCUCAAGAUGGGAUGUAGCUGAUCGCGGGUCGAAGGUUAAAGAGCAGCAGGCUGAGCAACAGCAAGAACUCAAGACUACUGUUACGACAUCUGCAGCACCUACUGCUGAGUCUGAAGUAUCCGAGCCUGACUCUGAACAGAAAGCGAAGAAGGAUGAGGAAGAGGAGGAGACAGAGGAGGAAGAGGUCAGACCUCCGAUGGAUCUGUUCAAAGCUAUCUUCGCCAGCUCAUCUGAUGAGAAGAGUUCAUCUUCAUCUGAGGAAGACAGCGAUGAAGAGGAGAAGCAGGAGACUAAGCCACAGACGUCUGUCAGCACACCUGGGAUGUCUGUUGCACCUCUGCCUGCUGUAGCUCAGGCUCCUUCCACAUCGAGUUUGAGUAAUGUAACCGAGUCAGAAUCUCGAAUUGGCGAUAAAGGAGAGCAAAAAGAUGCUUCUGCUGCUUCUUCUGUUCAGACAGCAGAUCUUGACAGUGAGGAGUUUGGACCCAGAUUACCACCACCUGGGCAAGUGUUCCCCUCAUCCUCAUCACCACCACAGGAAGAAAAACUAAAGAAACAAAACAAAGAGAGACACAAAUCCAAAAAGGAACACAAACACCAUAAAGAGAAGAAGCAUAAGAAGAAGAGUAAGAAGCACAAGCACAAAGGGAAAAAGAAGAAGAGAAAGGCAGAGGAGACCGACAGCAGCUCCGAUGACUACGACUCUGACGAUAGUGAUGUCAUUAAGCCAGCAUUGGUGUCCAACAAGGAGCUGCUCCAGAGGUUGAAAAACCUUCGAGGGAAGAAGUGAAUGUAUGACGUUGAAGUGGAUGAACUGUCCUCCAUGAGGAUUCGGCUUUACCACAUAUAGGAGCUGAAGUUUUUGUGGAUCCGUGUUUUGCAAAAUUAAUGAUGUUUUUGUAGACUAGACUAAAAUAAAGUUACUUUGAAUCUG